GCACCACGUGGGCAAGGAGGUGACAGAUCUACAGAGACAGCCGGCACCCCCUCCCCCGCCACACACAGAGGAAGGAGAGGUGUUGUUGGUGGACGGUGAUCAAGUGGGCAGGAGGGUUAGGCAGAGGGCAGUGCCAUGGGUCAGGGAUUUCCCGACAGGGUGGCAAGGAGGCCGGGAUCCCACUACGAACUGGGCCAGGCUAAGGGAAGGACGCGAGCCGAGAGGGUGACAUCCCUGGGGAAGGACUGGCAUCGGCCCUGCCUGAAGUGUGAGAAAUGUGGAAAGACGCUGACCUCUGGGGGCCACGCUGAGCAUGAGGGCAAACCCUAUUGCAACCACCCCUGCUAUGCGGCCAUGUUUGGGCCCAAAGGCUUUGGGAGAGGUGGAGCUGAGAGCCACACUUUCAAGUAAACCCAGGCCCCACUCCCUGCUGGCCAGCCACCCACCACGCUGCUUCUCCUUCAGGCAGAUGCCAGGCCUUGCCCCCCAGUACCCACGGCUCCCCUGUAGCCCCUCAUACCCUCAAUAAACUCCAAACACUCUGAACGCCCGUGGCUGUGUGUGCGUGCGUGUGUGUUCGUGCGCACACAUGAGUGUGUCAGGAUGGGCAGGAGGCUCAGCUGGGGUCUGACCUGGACCCUUCCGGCACCCACUCCUCCUGCUGCAGGAGGCGUCGCCCUGGGGCCCACCAUGGGUAGGGGUGGGAGAGAGGCCAGGCCACCUGGACAGACUUCUGGGGCCAGCACCUACACAGGCUUGAAGCCUUCUUACCCUCAUACACACAGUG